CAAGCACCAGGAACGUGCUGCGUCUCCUCCCAUCACUGGGUGCGUGCGACUGCUUGAGUGGAGAGGAGCCCCUGGACCCUGUGCAGAAAGACAAACGUGACAAAUCUUGGGACACCAGAGCUUGACUCAGCUGCUAUAUCGACAAAAAUGACUAAGAAUCAGGGGCAAAAAAUAUGCACAGGUUGAGAUAGAGUAUGAUAAGAAGCUCUCACUUGUGGAACGGUGGAUUUAUUAUGCUUGCUGAAGAAGUCUGAGAAAAAGAUGUCUCAGUUGAGCAAUCCACCAAACAGUCAGGCGUUACUGCAGUCCAUGUUGGAGAGACUGAAACUCCAGCCUGGAAGAGAAAGGCAUGCACAAGAACAUCCGGGUGAACUGCUCGCCCCUGCCCCCACAUGGGCGACAGAUGGAGUGGGAUCGAUCCAAAACCGCAAGAAACAAAGUGAUGCCCUUACAAAUGGCUUUGUGUUUGGUGACCCUGAAAAAAGAUUUGAGGUAUCUUCUGUGGAAAGUACUCUUAGCCCCAAAGCUGAAGAGAGACUUCACGGCUUUGAACAAUACAAAAGUCACCUUCUCUUCCCGCCCCAAAGAGACAAGAGCCACACGGGUGUCGAUAAGGUGUCGAAGAACAUCACGUUGUCUCAGAUCUCCAAUUUGUCAACAGGACAACACUUGUCGACAAACGCUCUACCUUCCUCGGAAAGAACGGACACCGGGGUGCAACAGGACAACAUAUUUAGAAAUAAAGAGCCAGACCGUGGAUUUCAACACAUUGUCCAUGACUGGUCAUGGGGAAGCACUGAUUUUACUGUGGACAAUCAAGGGAAUAAACCAUUUCAUGCUGUAAAUGGAGGAUUUGGCGAUUUGUCUAAAUGGAGAGACAUGCAUACGAUUCCUCAUAAAGGUAGCAGCAUGACCAAGAGAAACCAACGAUCAUCAGAAAACAAAGCAAGGAGAUGGACUCGGAAACUCAAGGAGAGAUGGCUGGAAAGGCCUGGCAAAAAAGGGAAAGAGGAGUCCGAGGAGGAUGAGAUGAGCACGAGUUCAACACAAAGCCAUCUUAUCAGCACAUUAAAUCAAGACACAGAAAGGAACUUCCCAUCGGCAGGAAGCGGUGAAAACCCCACCGCGCCAUCAGAGGAUGACGCGAUUGAUGCAUUUGUCAGAUCAAGCGACGACUUUCAGUUUGCCUUCAGCUCAGGCAGCUUGCUGGAGGAGAUUGUCUCGGGCCAAGAGUGGGCCAAGUUCCUUAAUGCUGACUUGUCGGUCUCCUCAACUGACCAGGGAACAGCGGAGAAGACGCUGAGUAGCCUGGAUGUCACACCUAAACAAAAUCAUAAUGGUCCGUCAGUUUUUGCUAGCCACCAGUCGGGAGGGUUGAACAGGCAGAGGAGGUUCAGCAGUAGUAACUUGCCAGUUCCCGUCAGAGCGAAUUCCCCGGAGACACCUACGCAGAACAGCACAGUGGACAGUGAAACUGAUCCAUCAGAGCCAAUGGAACAAGGUCAAACCCAAACGCAACAGAAGGGCCUCCCACGAGCAAGAACUUCCACUGUUGAGCGUGCAGACAUUCUAGAUGACUCGCCGCCGACCAACCGAGUCAACCGGAAGCGACAAUAUCAAUCAGCGGAGAUGAGCCCCAGACGAGAGGAACAACAAGGACUGGAAGAGAAGUUGCCAAACAGCCAUGAGAUGGGCGAUGCAGAGGUGCAUGACACCCCACCCUUCUUGAGCCCAAACAGAUCUUCCGCAUCUCCUGCUCCCUCCCAUUUUCCUCCUUGUGGUCCCGUGCCCCGCGGAGUCCUCAGACACACCAAUUCAGAUUUCUCUUCGGAAAGAAAAAGGAGACGAGUGGAGCCCAACCGGCGAGUUCAUUUUGCAGAGACAGUUCAGGUGAUUCCACCGCUUGAUGUGAAUGUGGAUAUCUGUGACUCAGAGGACGAAUACGGAACAGAACUGGGAUCAGAAGAAGUGGACGAUGAGGAGCAUGCAGCAGCAGAGGAAAAGAAGGAGGAGCCGACACGUCGACCUGCUCUUCCUGCAUGGAUACGGGCCCUGAAGAAAAGGAACAGUGGCAAGAAACACAGAUAGCCAUGCAGUGAAACCUGUCUUGUACUCGUUUAUUUAAACUACACGUUGACACACCUAUUUAUGGGAUCUAAUAAAAUACUAUGCAGUGUGUAUAGAUUUGAACAGAAACAAAAAGGUAUUAUCUGAACAAUGUUUAUUAUUAUGGUUGUUUGCAGUGGCAGAGAAUUGCAUCCAUCGAUCUAUUUGCAUACCUCUACAUCUUAGUUGUACUAAGUUCAUUUUGUUUUUACUUGUUAAUCACUUGUUUGAGAUAAAAGAACCAGUGAAGUGAUCUCUACAUCUUUCUAGCUUCCUAAAUGAUCCCGUGCAAUUCCACACCACUGCAAUUCACACCGGCAUUGAUAAACAUUAUUCAAUUAAAUACCAUUAAAAGUGCACUCCUAAAUUGUUUUUGUAAUACAAUACAGUACAUAUAUUUGAAAAUAAUUGCUGACAACAUGCAAAGAGAACUACGUAUGUAGUACUGAACUGUGGAGCUAUUGCUACAGUUAGCCUACUUUUUAUUACUCGGCCCAGUUGCCUAUAACCCAAAAUACAUCUUCUCUUGAUGACAUAAUUAACAGAAAAUUUUAUUGUCGUUAUUUAAACCCACAAGUGCGAAGGUGAUGCAGCGAACGAGCCUGCCACCCGUUUGAUGGAAGUCCCUGAAGCUUGUUAACUCUUGAGCCUCUCAUCGUGGCUUGAAAAGCCGGUAAGAUCGAUUCCAGUCAUCCAUUAAACAGAACAUAUAAUUGCACUCUUCUAUCUAAAGACAUAUUUCACAUCACAGGGACCUCUCCGUCAGCGUCAAUCAAAAUUAGCUUUGUAAAGACAGAAUUUUUUAUACAGAUCCUUGUCUCAUGUCAUUAUAUUGUGCAGAUGGUCAUAAUGUCGUGAUUGGUCGAUGUAUAAAUCACACUCACCACUUCAUUGUGUUUACUUCCACAAUCUAACAAUGUCAUGGCCUUUCUGAAACUAAUGCACAGUUUGGAUUGAUAGUGCCAGUAUUAAUGAGCAAUAUUUGUAGUUGCAUACAUACUAAGAGACAUUUCUAAUAUUUAGUAACACAAAAGCGGGCAAUAUAUAAUUUAAUUGUCCCUCAAGUGUCUUGCAGUGGGUCACAACAGGUACCAAGUGACUGGUUUGUGUAAUUUUAUUUGCCUACCAAUACUGGAAGCACUAUGACUUGCCUUAAUGGUUCUCCAGGAUGCCUCCACCAAAGUGGCGCUUAUUUCAAAACUUACGUGACCUAUAUGCCGCAGCCAUGCGGCUUUGUCCAUAUUACAAAGUUGUUCACCAAAAUCUCAAAACUCAAGCAUCUUUUAUAAUCUAAAAGGACUCGUUAUUCCACCUGAACUUGUUGUUUGCCCGAUAUCAGUUUUUUUCUUUUGGAUGAGGAGUCAUUGUUAUUUUAGUGGACAAGUUAAAGCUCCAAUAAGCUUUGAGAGUGUUGCAUCAUUAUGACAGUGGCAGCCCAUGUUACAAUAUGUUGAAGGUAAUUUCUAAUGGAGAUAAUGAAAGUAUUGUUUCUUGUAAUUUUAUUUCUUUAUUAAAAGUAUUUUUUGCUCA